UUAAAAAUAACACAUCAAUUUAGCCAAAUCAAAUACCUUAUUAUUUGAAUCAUAUUGCAUAUCUUACUACAAUUAGAUGCAAAAAUACUUGCUUUGAACAAAUUGACUUUUUGCAGCUAUUCUAAGGAGGCCUUUCUACAAUAAAUUUGGCGACGAAAAAGAUUACCCCAAAUUGAACUUCUCAAGAAAAACACUCCAAACUUAUUAUUUUCAACUUAUUGGUCUUUUAUUCAAACGAGACGUUGAAUUAUAAAGAUGGUCAACCUUGGAAAGCCGCAGAAAUCAAGAAAGCACAAGAAACUGAAGCCAAUAGAUCCCAAAUAUUUAGAUGAGGAUAGAAAAAGUAAAAACAGACAUAUUAGGAAAUUUGUAUCUCCGGAUGAAAAACUAGAAAGUAAGAAAAAACAUGGCCGUGGUUAUAUGCAGAUUAACUCUGCACCAAAGAGCCUUGAAGACCAAGAAGUCUCUAAGAGCAUGAUGAAUCUCAUAAAACUAAAAGCAGAUCCAUUUGCAUUCAAGAAAAAGAAACAGAAAAAUAAAUUCAAAGAUGGAGUGGCAAAUGAGAAACUUGAGAAAGGUAUGACACGUCCAAUAGAACCAGUCCCAGAGUUUGUACAGCGUAAGGGGGAGAAUGACCACCAGUUCCACAACAGAAUCGAUAGGACAGUUCAGAUGGUCAUUUCAAAAUCAAAGUUUGAUGACAAAUUUAAUAGAGUUGAAGAGAAAGUUCUUGACCCAAAAGUGGAGAAGAAAAUUAAGAAAAAACAAAAGAAGCGUUUAGAAAGAAAACAAGAGAAAAAUGAAUUGAAAAAAGAAAAAUUGAAGGAAGUUAAGGAAUAUAGAAAAGACAAGAAACGAACAGGAUGGGAAAAUCUCCAUGAUAAAGUGGAGUUUGGAGAAGUGGCCAUGGCACCUCCAACGUUAACAGCCAAACCUCGCAAAAUUUCAAAGAAAUCAGAUAGACCUGGUAAUAAAGACUUGCUCCUGAAGAAACAAUUAGCAGACACACAGACAAAAACAUUUUUAAAACAAAGAGAGAUAGGAAAGACAUUGAAGAGAAAGACUUUGCCAGUUGGGAUGCAAAGAAAGCAAGACAUUGAGAGAGAAAAUGCUAUCAGGCAGUACAGGGAGUUACAAAAAGCUAAAAGAAACCACUAGUUUUCCAAUAGAAAGAAAGUUGAUUUAUCAUAAUGUACUUCACUUAUACAGACAUCACAAUGCUGUUAAAAGUAUUUAUUUUAUUGUUGGAUAUUGUAUAUUCGUAUAAUAUACGUAUAUAUAUCAAUGUAUGAAAGAAAAUAUUAAAAUUGGA